AUGGUCGAAGAUGCUGGCCGUGGCUACAGAAUGAUCGUCCCAUCCCCAGUCCCACAGAAGUUCGUCGAAGAGGAAGCUAUCAAGGCUCUCGUUAACACCGGCUUCAUCGUUGUCUGCUCUGGUGGCGGUGGCAUCCCAGUUAUGCUCGAUGAGAAGGAGAACAGAAUCAAGGGUGUUGAUGCCGUUAUCGACAAGGAUCUUGGUGCUUCAGUUCUCGCUGCCGCAACAAACGCUGAUGCCUUCAUGAUUCUUACAGAUGUUCCAAAAGCCCUCCUCAACUACCGUAAGGAGAAUGAAACAGCAAUUCGCCAGGCUACAGUUGCUGAAAUGGAGAAGUACAUCGAAGAAGGCCACUUCAUCAAAGGCUCAAUGCUUCCAAAGGUCCAGGCCUGCCUCCGCUUCGUUAAGUCCACUGGCAAGCCAGCUGUUAUCACAGCUCUCGAUUGCGCCCUUCAGGCGCUCAAGGGUGAGCGUGGUACAAAGAUCGUUCCAAACUAA